AUGUCACAUCAAUCCGAUGUCCUGAUCGUCGGUGCAGGUCCUACAGGUCUAUAUGCUGCUUUGCUGCUGAGCCAUAUGGGCUGUUCGAUUCGCAUUAUCGACAAAAAAGGGGCCCUUGAUCCCUAUGACAACCCUAACUACAUCUGGUCACCAAGAUCGCUUCAAUUAUUGCAGGCAUUUGAUUUAACCAACAUGCUUGCUGAACGUGGACAACGACAUUGGCGACUCGAAACCUAUACCAACAAGGGUUACGGAAGCAAUGCCAUAACCACCGAUCGACGUAAUCACAAUGUGUGGGAAAACGAGGCGACCGAGUUUAGUUGGAGCUUGUCAUGCGAAUGCGAUCGUGUGUGCCGAGCCAUGAUUGAUACAUUGGAACAGCGGGGCGUUGAAAUUCAAUACAAUCACGAGCUUGUUGAUCUCGAAAAUCAUCCAACAUUUGCCAACGCAUCGAUUCGCACACCCACAUCCUCUUAUGACUGGAAAUCACAGAUUGUUCUUGGUGCUGACGGCGGCAACAGCUUGGUGCGACAAAAGUUGGGCAUUGCAUAUGAGCGCCCAAGAAAAACCAGCACCGUAUUUUACACGGUGGAAGCUACGGUCAAUACCAACUUUCCUAGUGCACGCAGCAUGUCAUCCGUUACCAAAGAUGAGAAUACGUUGUUCAUUGUUGGACACCGAAACAAUAAGAUGUAUAUAUCAUUUGAGCAUCGCCCCAAGUGGAGUCGCCUCACCAUUGAUGAUGACGUGCCUCUCAUUCUCGCUCAAAAGCAUAUUAAAUCUGUACUCGAUCCAUACCAAAUUGAAUUUACGCAGGUGCAUGCAUACCGAAGAUGGUCAGCGAGCGAACGGGUGUGUGAAGAAUAUGCAAUUGAUCGAAAAUACUUCUUAGCUGGUGGCUCAGCACAAACUGUAUCGCCUGAGGGAUUGCUUGGAUCCGAUUUGGGAUUGGAGCAAGUGCACAAUUUAUGUUGGAAGAUAGCCCUUGUUCUCAAGCAUCGUGGAUCGCCUCAACUCCUUGACACCUAUGCUGAUGAGUGUCAAUCCAAAUGGGCUGAUACGAUAUCAGCAUCCAAUGCAUUGAUUCACCUUUUCACUUGUAAAACGCCGACAUCAGGCACGGGUCUCAAUUCAACACCUGACCGUGAGCUCGGAUAUCAACUUCACCGCAAUAAGCAUAGCCUUGUUGGUGAAACGCCCUAUCAUGCCAACCUUGUAAAUGUCGACACCACCAGCACCGUCUCAUUCAACUCACACAAUAGCAAUGACACCAUUCAAGCUGCUGCCGUGGUCACGAUGCGUGCACAGUGCAAGAUUCACCCUGGCAGUCCUGGUACCCUAGCCCAAAACUCCAAACUCAAACCAUACACCUUGUUCAGUCUCCUGGUGUCACCCUCAAGCAAAACACCGUCUCCGCCUUCAAGUACAAAGAACACAAGCACUGAUGACCGUCCUCCUCGAUCACGUACUUCUAAGCGUCGAUGGCGAUCCCGUUCGAAUUCAGCCUCUGGUCCAAGUCGCUUUUUUGCACCUUUUCUCGGCACCAUCGCCAAACGACAAUAUGACAUUCCAUUCACCACGGCUACCAAUAACUCCGUUCAGCCAUCCUCACUUGCAGAUCGAUGGCGCAUGAUUAAAACAACACAUUAUCGCCUCGUCGAUCGUAUGCUGUCUGGUUCCUUUUCAUUCACUCUGCUCGUAUUUGCAGGAUCCAUUGCUGAACGUGAGAAUUUGGCGCUCUUGCAACGUUUUCGACGACAUCUUGAAGAACCCCAUUCCUUUUAUAAACGAUAUGAAAAGCUUCAUUAUCCAUUCAACUAUACAGUAACCCAGCAACAGCAGCAACAACAGCAACAGCAACAACAACAACAUCAGCGAUCCUCCUCCUCCUCCACAACAUCCACAACAACAAAGCAACGUGAUAGUCAUGGUUGGCGUGACACUAUUCGUUCUUCUCGUUCAUCCACUACAACAUCCUCAUCAUCCGCAGCUUCAUUCUUUCGAUUCUCUGCCAGUCUCUUUCCAUCACCACCUACAUCACCCGUUUCUUCAUCAGCUGGUCGAAGCUCUUUUGAUCAACCACGCCCUUCUAUCGACACAUACACCUAUCGCCGUGCUCGUAGCACAUGCAGCACUACCGCACCAGCUACAUCAUCCAUUAUCGAUAACAACAAUGACAAAGGCGCCCUCUUUUCAUUCUUGUAUAUUACCACAUCCACGAGAACAGAGGUCACCAAGUUCUUGAGUGACACCAAGCCAUCCAUUGUACAUGCCACUUUUCCCUUUGGACUUGAUACUGUCUACCUUGAUCAUGAUCGGGAUUGUCACACAGCAUACCGCGCAGCAACAUUGCCAGCCACCAGCAAUUACAGACCUACCAUUGUCGUUGUUCGUCCAGAUGGCUAUAUUAGUGCACGCGUUGAGCUCCAAAACGAUACUGAUUUUGAAAAACUCGAUCAGUACUUUGACUCCUUUUUACGACCACCUAUUGAUAUGACUAGUGCUGCUGCCAUGGCAGCUGAUUUCUAUGACUUGUAA